AUGAGUGUACACGCCACAGAGAGCAGCAGCACUAAAGAGAAAUACACACCGUAUCCGGCGAUUCCGGCCGAUAUUGGCUACGCGUGCGGUAAGAGUACGACGGGGGCGGCCAGAAAUGGGAUUUGGCAAAGUGCCAUCGCCAAUCCGCCCGUCAUUCUGGGGUUGGGCUUGACGGGCGCCGCACUUUUGGGCAUGUUCCGCAAGUCGUUGAUGGGCGAUAAAUUCGGCGCCCAGAAAUAUAUGAGGUCGGUUUAUUAUUUAUUAUUAUUUAUUAUUAUUAAUUAA